GCGCGCGCGCCCCGAGGCCCUGGCCCAGCCGGGCGCGGAGUGUCCCCCGCGGCCUCGUUUUCACAAGGGGCAGACGAAGGGUCAGCGCAGUGAAACGCAGUUUAGCCGUGGGGCUGUCCUCGCCACUGGACCCCAAACCCCUCAGCCCGGGCGGGCCCGAACACACAAUCAGAGCCGCUGGCGUCCCGGCUGAGAGGACGGGGCCCAGGCAGAAAGACCCCGGGCCCCCUCAGCCCGAGCACGUCGCCGAGCCGGUCCCUGGGUUCUCCCUCCGGAACCAGCCUGCGCACCGGCUGCGGGGCCGGGGGGGCGCCAGGACCGAAACGGACCGAGGGCCGGAAGUGACGCCAGCUGGCCGGCUUGAGGCGUAAGGGGUGGCGCUCUCUGUUCGGCGGCGCUCCCAUGGCGCACAUUACCAUUAACCAGUACCUGCAGCAGGUGUACGAAGCCAUCGACACCAGAGAUGGAGCAUCUUGUGCAGAGUUGGUGUCUUUUAAACAUCCUCAUGUUGCAAACCCACGACUUCAAAUGGCCUCUCCAGAGGAGAAGUGUCAACAAGUCUUGGAACCCCCUUAUGAUGAAAUGUUUGCAGCUCAUUUAAGGUGCACUUACGCAGUGGGGAAUCAUGACUUCAUAGAGGCUUACAAGUGCCAGACCGUGAUAGUCCAGUCAUUCUUGCGAGCAUUCCAGGCCCACAAAGAAGAAAACUGGGCUCUGCCUGUCAUGUAUGCAGUAGCGCUUGACCUUCGAGUGUUUGCCAAUAAUGCAGAUCAGCAGUUGGUAAAGAAAGGAAAAAGCAAAGUUGGGGACAUGUUGGAAAAAGCAGCAGAGUUACUGAUGAGCUGUUUCCGGGUCUGUGCCAGUGACACCCGUGCUGGUAUAGAGGACUCUAAGAAGUGGGGCAUGCUGUUUCUGGUGAACCAGCUGUUUAAAAUCUACUUCAAGAUCAACAAACUCCAUUUAUGUAAACCGCUAAUUAGAGCAAUUGACAGCUCAAACCUGAAAGACGAUUACAGCACUGCACAGAGAGUAACAUACAAAUACUACGUUGGACGCAAGGCCAUGUUUGACAGCGACUUUAAGCAAGCUGAGGAGUACCUGUCGUUUGCCUUUGAGCAUUGUCACCGUUCUAGUCAGAAGAACAAAAGGAUGAUUCUGAUCUAUUUGCUUCCAGUAAAAAUGCUAUUGGGUCACAUGCCCACUGUGGAGCUCCUGAAAAAGUAUCACCUGAUGCAGUUUGCAGAAGUAACCAGAGCUGUGAGCGAGGGCAACCUGCUGCUGCUGCACGAGGCGCUGGCAAAGCACGAGGCCUUCUUCAUUCGCUGCGGGAUCUUCCUCAUCCUGGAGAAGCUGAAGAUCAUCACCUACAGGAACCUCUUUAAGAAAGUGUAUUUGUUACUGAAAACACACCAGCUCUCUCUGGAUGCUUUUCUGGUUGCCCUGAAAUUCAUGCAGGUGGAGGACGUGGACAUUGACGAAGUUCAGUGUAUUCUGGCUAACUUGAUAUACAUGGGCCACAUCAAAGGCUACAUAUCGCAUCAGCAUCAGAAGCUAGUGGUCAGCAAGCAGAACCCAUUUCCUCCACUGUCCACGGUGUGUUGAAAGUAUAUGUAGCCCUGAGGACGGGUGAGCAGUUGUUUCUUUCCAUUUUGGUUGUGCUGAUGAGACCGGUCCAGUACUGCGACAGGACUCCCUGAAGCCGGAACUCUUGGAGGCGCUUUUCCCAGGGAUGCUGAGGCUGAGAUUUUCCGCACACCCGAGUUAGUCUCCUUCAUUUGUAACUAAUUUCAGCCUGAUGAAAACCUGGAAUUCCUUUUUCACAAAACUCAGCUGGUUCUGGAGUCUUUGUGAAACUUCCUUGAAGGAGGCUUUGCGUGAAGGCAGCUCCGACUCACUUUUCCUAAGUGUGGUUCCUGAAGGCUGUCUUUGUAACUUUUUGUAGUUCUUUGUAUAAAAAGGAUAUUCUGAAUUUAUGCACAUGGCAUGUUCUUCAUUAUAUCUUCCAGGAUACAUCUAUUUUUAUAUAUUAAAUUUGAAUAUGUUAUCAAAAUGCUUGGUUAACUUAAGGCAUCUUUUUAAAAGCAGAAUUUAAUUUGAUUUAAAUUUUCCAGAUUUUAUAGCUUGCCCAUAUGGAUGCUCCUCAAUUUAUGAUGGGGUUACAUCCCAAUAAACUUAUUUUAUUUGCCUUUGC